CGUCUCAGAGCGGCGGCCAGAGGAUCGAGUCGCAGUGCGGUGCGAGCAGCUUGGGUGCUGGGCCCGUUUCUCCUGAAGCUCGCUUCUUUUGCAAAAUAGAGAAAAUAGACUCUACCAGGGUGAGUUUUUAGGACCGAACGUUAUUAUCUCUGUGAGGUACGUAUGUAUGUGUAUGUGUGCGUAUUUCCCUAGUAGCCGUGGUGUACCAUUUGCUUCGUGUUUUCUGGACUUCAGAGAACAUAAACGACCACAGAUACCGUGUGCUGACUGUAUACUUCAGAACACUCCUCGCCCUUUCUGAAUUUGUGUCUCUGUGUAAAAUAAUUUGUGAAUCUCCGUCUCCCAGUGACUCCCUCCGGAGCUGGCGCCACGGCCGUGUCUCUCCCCUGGCAGUCUCCCCUAGGCUGAGCUGGGUGCCGGACUGAGCUCCCACAUCAGAGGCUCACCCGGGCCGCAGGGCUGCUCCUGGAACCUGCCUUCACGUCGUCUGUGCGGGCAGCUCCUGCAGCCUCAGCCGCCCAGCCGCCCUCACCUUCGGCCUGCAAAGAAUCUGCCCCUGGAUUCUGCUUCUCUUUGCGGUCACCUCCACAGGCAGAGGAGUCCCAGGUUUCCAGCACCAGGUCUGUCUGCUGAGCUCUGGACACUCCGCAUCCUCCAAGCUGGCCAACAAGCUGGAUACUUGAUUAUGCGGUGCUUACUGCACGCCUCUUCUUCAGUGUGCACGAGAUCCCCAAGUUCAGCCUGUCUCCAGCUCAAGUUGCCCUUCCUUACCCUCGCCCACACAAGACAGAGCAGCUCAAGUGGCUUAUACCGCCUGUGUUUCCAUUUUGGUGAAAGAUUCGAGUUCUGUGAGCCUGCGUUUGUGGUUGGUAAUUGUCUCCAGAUAGCGUCCGACAGCCAUCAGUAUGAUCGGGUCUACUGUGGGGCUGGAGUGCAGAAGGACCAUGAACACUACAUGAAGAUACUGCUGAAAGUUGGGGGCAUCCUGGUCAUGCCCGUAGAAGAUCAGUUAACACAAAUUAUGCGAACUGGACAAAACACUUGGGAAAGUAAAAACAUCCUUGCUGUGUCAUUUGCCCCACUUGUGCAGCCGAGCAAGAAUGACAAUGGCAAACCAGAUUCUGUGGGCCUCCCCCCCUGUGCUGUCAGGAAUCUGCAGGACUUGGCCCGUAUUUACAUCCGACGCGCGCUUAGAAAUUUCAUAAACGAGGAGGCGCAGGCCAAGGGGAUUCCCCAGAGGGCUCCGCCCAAAAGGAAAAGGAAGCGGGUCAAGCAGAGGAUUAACACGUACGUCUUUGUGGGCAAUCAGCUCAUCCCUCAGCCUCUAGACAGCGAGGAGGAGGAGAAGAUGGAAGAAGAUAAGGAGGGGGAGGAGAGAGAGCUCGGCGAAGGCCGGAAGCAGGAGGAGCCGCCCCAGAACUUGCUGAGGGAGAAGAUCAUGAAGCUCCCCCUGCCCGAGUCCUUAAAAGCUUACUUGACGUAUUUUAGGGACAAAUAACUUAGAGCAAGAAGAAAGAAUGCCUACUGAUAAUUCCUUUAGUCUUGAAAAUGUAGCAUUUGUUAGAAGUUAAAAGAGAAUUCUUUCUUUCAUCAGAGUGAAUUUUUAGUGGGAAAAGUAUAACUUGUUUCUGUCUUAGUAAUAAAAAUGAUGUAUUCUGUGAUUAAAAAGAAUCCCUUUUAUAAAAUAUAUUUUUCUUUAAAUCUUGGAAAAAUUGCUGUUUUAACUUGGAGCGACUUCCAGAGUGGAAUGUAACAGUAGUCAAGACUGGGUCCUUCAGAUCCUCGUCUGGUUCCUUACAGACUAGUAGUGGUGAGGGUUAGAUUCAAUUUUCCAUAAGGUGAAAUAAUCAUGAAGCAUAUGUAGUCCGAUUCGAAUUGCAGCCAUUUGCAUUUCCUCCAUGAAACCUUUAUCUAACAAGGAAAUCAGAAGCUUUGUGUGUUGCAGUCACUAUUGCUGAGUUGCUGUAGGUCUGUUCCGGGCAGUGUAUGAGUGCAAUAACGAUGCAGAUACGGAGUAAUGUAGCUUUAAAAAGCCUCCUUUCAGGGAGUUCAACAGCACUGCUACCCUUGCUCUUGAAUCUGUUGCCAAAAGACAUGGGGAAAACAUCUGCUUCUCUCAUAGAGAUUUUAGGAGCACGUCAAGUGAAUAUUAAAGUAAAACGUAUAUGCUUAAUACAACUCUUAGUCUGUGUGGACCCUUUACAUUUUCAGUAUUUAAAAAUGAUGAGGUUAUCUUACUCUGAAGUUUUAGAAGAUAGUAUAUGUAGGACGGUUUUCCCUGUAGUCCACUGUAUAAAGUAUUUGCUUUAAGAGAGUCCGUUGUUCUACGCGGCUGUUGAUGGCUCAUCGGUGAAUCGGCCUGAGUGGGCUGGUCACAGGUGCACUUUAGCAAAGGGAACUCCUGGUUCAUUGGCAGGUUCAUCCUUGACAAGUAGGGCUGCGCCAGCCUGCAUUUGCUUUGAAAUUCGUCUUUGUAGCAUAGGAAGUAUUCACAGAAAUUAUAUGUAGUUGACCUUUUCUUUGAAAAUUCGGAAUCGUAGUGUAAUCUUUGGGACCUACAUUGGGCUCAUUUAAUUUCUUCCCAUGUUUUUUUGUUCUUGUUUUUUGUGGUGAAGUAACACUGAUUUUCAUUUUUUUGCUUCAUAUCACAUACUACUGUAUUCAUUAUUUGAAUGUCAGUAGUGAAACAGGUGAAAUGCCAUUAUUAGUGUGUUUCUUUUCUUCCUCCUAGGGCCUGAAGAGUCAUGCCUUGUUUAAGAAAGUAUACAGUGUAGCACAUUUACUCUUUAGUGUUCCAUGGAUUAUAUAUUUUUUAAAAGGAAAAAUUUGAGAGUAUCACUUACCACCACCAGCAUCACUGUUACAACUGUUGAACAAGUAUGCUUGAGGAAACGCAGUCAAUGUGUAGUGGAAGGAUUAUUAUGUCUCUGCAAAGAUUCGACCGUUAGAUAAAGAAAAUUUCAGCUCUGGUAAUUCCACACAUCUGAAAACAACUGUUUGAAAUAGUCUAAACAUGAAUUAUCCCAGGUAAAUUGGGAUAUUUUAGUAAUGUGAAAGGUAAUUUCAUGGAAGCUGUUUGUUUUUUACCAUUGGGCUUGGGCGUUGGGGGUAUCUCCACAAUUUUUCUUAGGUGAUUACUAAGCUGUUAUUGGUAAGAAAUGCCCCAUUCAUUUCUAUCGAGGAAAAAAAAUAGUUUCAUACAAUUACCAUGUUAGAGACGCUCGUUUUAUUUUGAAAUCAGUGUCCAUUUAGAAGUUCAAUUUUGAGUUCCUGGUGCCCACAUAUUUUUAUUUAGCCGCCCCCCCACCAGCUUUGUUGUUUUCGGGGCGAGCGUUCAGAUAACGUAAACACAACGGUUUCUUAAAUCAUGGUGUUAACUAUUCAUGAGGGACGUUUUCGUUAAGGAUAUAUUUGAAGAUGGAGUUUUUCAUAUCAGCUUUCAUUCUGUUGGCUUUGGCAAAAUGUACAGUAGGUUUUCAUAAUCAUUGCCUAUUUUUUGUCAUUGAAAUGUAUCUUUUGUGUUCUUAAAUGCAUUUAUUUCACAGUUGUGACUUUACUAUUGACUUUAAAUAAAGAAGUAGAAAUAAAAAAUGAAAUUUUAAGCGAAAGCCCUUUUAUCUAUUAAUGGGAGUAUAUUAGAAUGAUUAAGAAUAUUUUGGGUGUUUAUUUUUUAAUGAAUCAUGUUAUAUUUGAGUGUGGAUAAUUAUGCUUUAUAGGUGGAGAGGUCGCAAAUAAAGAUGAAGUAAUUGAAAACGAUGAGCAGUGUAUUCAU